UACCGAAAUGGACUCGGUCUUAACUUGACCUCACCUCGAGGAGAACCCCGACGGGAAGUCGGUGGAAGGAGACUCUCGGAAGAAGACUGAGGCCGAUGGAGGGCGGAAGCCUCGACAACGGGAGGGGGAAGACGGCCACGUGGAUGGAGCAGUACCGUCUGAUGUACGAUCGCGCUACUCGGCACCCCUUCGUCCUCAGCAUCCGUGACGGAACCGUCGACAUCUCCGCCUUCAAGCGAUGGCUCGGCCAGGAUUAUAGAUUCGUCAGGGAAUUUGUCCCAUUUUUAGCAAGUAUUCUGCUAAAAGCUUGGAAGGACUCAGAUGAUAAUUCAGAUGUAGAAGUAAUCUUGGGUGGAAUGGCUUCUUUGAAUGAUGAAUUGUCAUGGUUUAAAAAGGAAGCUUCCAAAUGGGAUGUUCAUCUAGGUGGUAUCGCUCCCCAAAAGGCAAAUCUAGAGUACUGCAGAUUAUUGCAAAAUUUGAUGCUACCGGAGAUUGACUAUGCUGUGGUCAUCACUGCAUUUUGGGCCAUCGAGACUGUGUAUCAGGAUAGCUUCUCUCUUUGCCUAGAAAGUGGUUCCAAGACCCCAGCAGAGCUUAUGGAGACCUGCAAAAGAUGGGGUAAUGCCCACUUCAAGGAUUAUUGUCGCUCUCUUCAAAAAAUUGCCGAUAGAUGCCUUGAGAAUGCACCAGGUGACGUGGUCAGAAAGGCUGAAGAGGCUUUUCUCUCUGUUCUUGAGCAUGAAAUAGGCUUCUGGAACAUGAGCUCUGGUGAAUCUUGAGCAUGACAUUCUCCAAUGCAAAGAGGUAGAACUCCCUUUUUUUUAAUAGAAGAUGUAUGAAAGAAAGAUGAGUUUUGGAAAUGGGGGCAUGAGAAGAAAAAUACUGUUGAACUAGACUAUAAAUAUGAGAUUGAUUGCAAUAUUAUAUGGCUUGAUGAUACUGCCAAUUGUUUAGGCAAAUUGAUUUUCUAUAUCAGCAAAAGCAUAGAGAACUACUGGAUGGUCAUUUUUAUUCAGAACUUUAUAAUAUUUGCUGAUCAUGCUUUUACUAUUGUACUAGUUUGCUGAAAUAAUACACAAUGAACAAAAAAAAUUU